AUGCCCUCAGGAAGCUCGAAAUCUUCAAAGUCUUCAAAACCGAAGCCUUCAGAUGUAGCAGCGGAGACCAAGAAAUAUUACAUCCCGCUCAUUAAGAAGAACUACUCUGAUACAUGGAAGACUUCUUCGCUACUCUACAUGCGCCCAUGCAAUCUGGAGUUCGGACGAUCAACGAGCCUCGCGCCCCCUAGCUUUUAUGUCUACAAUGAUGACCCGGUGGAUUUUGCCAUACGAUGGGCUACCAUGAAUGAGACCCCUGUUGCGUUCAUCUGCGCAGCCAACGACAAGAGACCUGGCGGAGACUGGGAGACUGGAGUCAUUGGCUACGAAGAGAGGCUAUGUCGGCGAUCCAAUCUUUCGGCAACUUUAUCUCACCCAGAGCCGGGAAGUGGAGUGGAUUGCAACUACCCCAUUCCCAUCGAGGGCGGGAUUUACUCCGAGUCUGUUGUUGUCUUCCGGGGCCCGCACGACAGGUACGAGAAGCUAGCGCCCGAGGACUGGCGAGCACUACCGGUAGUGUCGGUACCGCCGGAGCGGUGGCCCAAGCUAAACCAGAAUGGCACCAAGUACUCGUUCCAGGAGGAGCGAGAGCUGGUCAAGAACAAGCUGCGCGCCGCGCUGACCAUUUGCGCAUGGCAUAGCAUCAGCAGCGUGGUGAUUGGCGACUUUGGCCUCGGCAAUGGCUACCGCAACCCCCCGCAGGAGCUGGCCGAGCUAUGGAGGGAGGUUCUACUCUACGACCCCGUGCUUCGCGGUCGGAUCCAGACGGUUGCCUUCGUCUUUGAGGACCACUCGCAGAGCACGGCCAAGCUGAUCCUGGACGAUAUCGCCAAAAAGAGCAAAGGUGGCAGCGGCAGUAGCAGCAAGGGAAAAGGCAAGUCGUCUAGCAGCAGCCACUCAUCUGGGUCUUCGUCCAGCAGCUCGAGCGCCUCAUCCGGUUACCCGACAGACUAUCAGAUCUUCCAGCACGUCUUCGAUCCGAGCGAGAUUCAAAGGGUUCUGAGUCAACCAGAUCCCCGAUUGGGUCUUGGGAACCUCAUCAUGUAG